AUGAUUAGGAGGAAUGCCUUAAUCGUGAUUUGCGUCGUUGUAUUCGUUUUUACAACAUACCUAUUCACCACUACACUCUCCAGUAACGUCUACAAUUCACUCAAAUCCACAAAAUCAAACAAGAAAGGAAGAGCUAACGCUGCCUUCGUCAUACUCACAACAGACGACGAUCUCUAUGGAAUUCUAUCAUCCAUACGCCAGAUGGAAGACAGAUUCAACCUCCGCGACUCCGGAGGCUACGAUUACGUUUUCCUCAAUGAGCGCAAAUUCAGUAAAGAGUUUAAGAAGCGCACGUCUGCGAUUAUAUCCACACAUGCCUACUACGGUCUUGUGUCUCCAUCAGACUGGCAACAACCUAGCUGGAUAGACGAAGAUAGAGCGGCCGCGAGUAGACACUUGAUGGUCCUCGAUAAAACACUACAUGGUGAAUCUGUACCAUAUAGAAACAUGUGCAGAUUCUUCAGUGGUAAAUUCUACAAUCAUCCCCUCCUUCAGCCCUACGAUUACUACUGGAGAAUCGAGCCUAAUGUAGAGUACACCUGCGAUCUUGACCAAGAUCCAUUCCUCGCCUUGCAAGAGAACGGCUCUCAAUAUGGCUUUACUAUUUCUAUUUUAGAAUUCCCUGAUACCAUUAAGACGCUGUGGGAGACGGUGAAAGAUUUCAUGAAGGACUACCCUGAACACAUUGCUGCGAACAACUCGAUGGGAUUUAUUAGCGACAAUGAAGGUGAAACUUUCAACGGAUGUCACUUCUGGUCCAACUUUGAAAUAGGCAACCUCAACUUCUUUAGAAGCAAAGCAUACAACGACUUCUUCAAUUACCUCGACAAAAGGGGAGGGUUUUACUAUGAAAGAUGGGGUGAUGCGCCUGUGCAUACAAUUGCAGCUGCACUGCUGCUUCCUUCCGAUGCGAUUCUCAGGAUCUAG